AAAUGACGUUUGACGUACUGUUUUUAACCAUUUGACGCAUUUGUUUAGGUUAGCCAAAAUAUUAUAAAAUCGAAUUUCACAUGUAUUAUUAAUGUAAUUAGCUAAUUCAUGUAAGAACAACAGACCAAUAUGAAUCUUAUAAGCGAUAUAUAGUUUUUUUGAUAUGUAUCAUAAGACUGAUUCUUUAAUUCUGUACCAAAAAGAUAUGUAAAUUCAGCUAACUGUGACUUUACACCAUUAGUAUGCCCACAUUUCUAACUCCAGGCCGGCAUGGCUAUAGUGUUAGAUUUUCACGGACUAGGCCUGAUGCCCUGGCAGUGGCCACGAGUCAGUACUAUGGCCUCGCUGGCGGGGGCACACUAUUCUUCCUGGAAUUGGCCCCGGAUGGAAGCACUCUGUUGGAAAUGCAGAAAUUGGAAUGGAGCGAUGGAUUAUUUGAUGUGACAUGGUCGGGCACGAACGAGACGGCGGUGGCUUGCGGCGCGGGCGACGGCGCGGUGGUGGUGUGGCGAGGUGGCUGCGCGGCGCCGCUGCGGGUGCUGCGCGGCCAUUCCAGCGAGGUUUGCUCCGUCGACUGGCCGCGGGGCCGUCUACUCAGCGCCAGCUGGGACACCACUGUCAAACUGUGGGAUCCUGAAUCAGAAACGUGCAUCAAUACGUACGCGGGUCACUCACAGCUAGUCUACACAGCGGCGUUCUCCCCUCACUCACCUGCUACUUUCGCCUCUGUGUCUGGGGACGGUCACCUCAAGUUAUGGACAUGUACAGAGCCACGGCCUGCCGCCGUCGUUAAAGCGCACGAAGCUGAGGUGUUAUCAUGCGACUGGAGUAGAAUAGAAACACACGCAAUAGCGACAUCUGGAUCCGAUGGUUUAGUCAAAGGAUGGGAUUUGCGACGGCUUACUUCUCCUAUGUUCACACUUAAAGGUUGCGAGUGCGCAGUGCGGAGGGUACAGUUCUCACCACACGCGCCGUCCGUUAUAGCGGCCGUGUCGUACGAUUUUACCACGAGGAUAUGGGACUUGAAGAGAGGCUGCGAUCCACUGGAGACGAUCCGCCACCAUUCAGAGUUCACGUACGGCCUCGACUGGAACUGCCUCCGGCCGCACCAGAUAGCCGACUGCGGCUGGGACUCGCUAGUGCAUGUGUUUAUUCCGAGAUCGCUCGUCUGAGACUGGUUUAGAUGUCCACAGAGUGUUCGAAUGUUAAUUCUUGACUGAUGAUGGCUGUGUAUAGUGAGAAUACAUGUUGUGCCAAUAUGCACUUUGAGUGCCAAAUUUAUUGGAGUCAUAUUCGUUUGAACGAAUUAAUUGGUGCGUAGUAGUUAAAGAUUAAAACAAAACAGGGAUGAUAUUACCUUCCACUGGCGGUGUCCUGCAACUUAUUUUAUCAUAUAUUGAUAAAAUAUUUAAUAAAAUACGUUUAUAACAAAGUGUAAUGAUCAGAAUUAAUUUUUAAAAACUAUUGAACUAUUUUCAUUGUUUCUAAUUGAUUAUUUAAAGAGUUACUUCAUAUGUUGCUUCCGAAGUUUUUAAAUAAUUUUUAGCCGUCGAAAUCUAAAUUUUCAUUGAUAGAAACUUAAUAAGAAUCUUAUUGCAUUAAUAUUUAAAUUCUUUAUUACUUUAUAAAUCAUCAGAUAUAAUUAGUAAUGAUAAUUGCCUGUUUUUGUAAAUUGACACAUAAAAGCAAUGUUGCCACACUUUGAUAUGAGCAUUUAAAAACACGUAUUUAGUUUUUUUUUUAUAUAUUAUUAUUUAUUUUUAAUGUUGCUAGUUCCACCGUCGGUAAAGGGCUUGUUAAUGUUGAUGGACGUGGGGUAUGAGGGAUGUAUUAUAAAAUUAUUAUUUCGUUAUGUAUUAAUAAAAUAUUAUUAGUUUUAAUAUGUCAUAAUACACUCGACCCUUUAAAGAAUUUAUUAGAUUUAGAGCUUCUAUAUUAUAGAGAAUUUGUUUAGUUGAAUUGCAAAAUACGACCUUCGCUAUUUAGCGACAGUUUGACAGACUUUGUUAACGCUGCGUUUCUACUAAACCUAGUUUUAUACAUGUUGUUAUAUAUAUAUAUAUAUAUAUAUAUAUAUAUAUAUAUAUAUAUAUAUAUAUAUAUAUAUAUAUAUAUAUAUAUGUUUGUUUGUGUGUAUGUCACGACAACGAAACACUUCUCAUAAGCAAUUAUGCUAAACAUUUUAUUGUUUAGGGAUGAAUUUAUUUUCAUAUGCAGCAAAACCGGGUAAUGUUCUUGUAGUAUAUUUAAAAAUAAUAUUAGUUUAUUAUUGUUGUUCAACAUGACAAGUCUAUUAGGUAAAGUAGAGAUUACUUUACCGUUUUAAAGAUUUUUUUUUCAAUGAAAAUUUACAUUAAUUAAAAGUGCUAUAGUUAAAAUCUGAAUUAAAAAUUACCAUGAACACUUAUAAGUGUCACUAGCUCUGCAUAUGAUUUAAUUUUGAUGUUUAUUUCUGGGUUUUUAAAUCAUUUCAUAUUUUUCUAUUUUCUUUUUAUUGUGGGUAGUUCCAAUAUUUAAUAAAAUUUGUGUAAAAAAAUCGGAAUAGUAAAAUGACUAAAUAAAUGCAUCUACAUUGUAAACUAUAUCAAACUAAAAAACACGUAUUUUUGUUUCAUGUUUAAACAAAAUAUUUUAUUCACUUGUUAAUUUUUUUAUGCCACAGAUUCAAUUAAAUUCGGUAAACAAAGUAGAGAUACAAUAGUACAGCGAAUUUUAAUAACAUUUGUAUAUUUUUAAUUGUAUUACUGUAUAUAUUCGAGCAAUUUAUUGUACUUAAAUGUUGAUGUAUUUUUAAGGUAUAUCAAUUGACUGUAAUAUUUAAACACAAUUUAUGUUCUAUUCACUGCAAAUAUUGAUGGCUUCCAAAUAUACAAAAUACACAAGUGACAGUUUUAUAGAAGAGAUAUUUUAAGACUUCUCAAACACAUUCACUUAAACCGUAAGGUCUUAUUCACGCUGCAAUAUACCACACAUUCUUUUGCAAGUUUAAUUUUAUUCAAGAAAAAAUUGCAUAUUUAUUAAAGAAACGUGUGAAAAGUUUGUACUUAAAUGUACAGCUGAAAGAGUUAUAUUAUACGAGUAUUUGUUCAGUGUAAUUUAUCCGAAAAAAUGAAGUAAGUGUGGUAUAUUACAAUGUGAAAAAGAGGAUUUUCUCUAGGAGUGAAAAUUGAUAAUUUUGUAAUUAGCACAAAUGUAAACACUUGAUUAUAUAUUACUUGAUUGUAAAUAUUAUUUAUAUACUAUGUGAUGGUUAACAAUGUACAUUAAUUGUUAGAUUAUGUAGCUUUAUAACAAGCUGAGUUAAUAUUUUAAGUUUAAUGCGAUGAUAUAUACAUAAAAUAAUUGUAAUAAUAUCCAUAUUGUAACUGCUGCAUUCCUUUUUACAAGUUUUUGUUUAAUUUUUAUUUUUGAUAAGUCUUACAAGAUAAUUUUAACUUACUUUGUUGUAAUGAAAUGUAAAAUUUUAUAUAUGUAUAUAAGUCAGGUGAAUAUGGUUUCUUGUAAACUGGUCUGAAGAUGAAACUGGAUGGUGGCCCUAAAAUUUAAUAAGACAAUGCAACCUCAUACAGUCUAGAUUCGUUUGUUAAAAAAUUGUUUUAAAAGAAAUCUUUAAUACUUUCGAAAAAUGUUAAUAUGAAGGUAGGUAAACUUUAAUUUUGUUUAUAUGAAAUGUGAAUUAGAAGAGAGAAAAAAAAUCUUUUGUUUUGAUGUGAAUUGAGAGAACUUUAGAUGUUCAUAUACAAAUACUGCCAAAUCUGUAAUAAAAAUUCAAGCAAGCAGCUUGAAAAUCUCAUGGUCAUUACAGUUAGUUACCCAAAAUGUAAUUAUGGGAACAUGAUCUGUUUUAAUUUUGUUAAUUGUGAUACCUAAAGAUACUGUCACACCACGAGUUAGGCCAAGUAAUUAUUUUAUAUUGGUGAUACAAAUCUACAGUUCUAAUUGUAGACGGAUUAGCCAUUUUUGACAUCUUAUUCGAUCGAUCGAUCGAUUGAUCUAACUACGAGCAUUGAAUAUGAUCUUAGAUGACAGCUAUUACGAUUUUAUAAUUUAAAUAAGCAUUUAAAUUGUUCGAUUGAUCGAAUAACGAGAAAAAAUUUACCAGUUUUUGGUCUGAAAGUAUCAUUAUCAUAAAGUGAUUUAUUGAUUAGAUUUGUUCAAAUAAAACGGUAAAAAUAAUUUUAUGUUGCCGCCUCACUAUAUUCCUUAUAAUAAUAAAAUGGGAUAAAAAUGAAUUUGUUUUA